UAAACUAUCGAUAGCUGGAUGCCGAGACAAGGAUUUAUACACACAAAUCACACACACAUCACACACACAAGAUGUAAAUGAAUGCUUUCGAGCAUAUCAGGGUCAUCGUCGUAUUCAGUUACACAUCCAAGCAGGAUCGCAAAGUGGUCGUGGUGAGGAAAGAGAGUCAAAAUAAGGAACGAAUGUCGCCGAAAUAGCGCAUUAUAAUCCAGUGUAUAAGCGGUGGAAAAAAAAAGUGUGUGCGCUCGUCACGCCUAAGGAUAGAAGAUCGCACGUGUUGGUGUAUAUUUGGGUCCAUUUGGGUAUCAACAAAAGAAGGGGAAAACCGGAAUCUGGGUUGAGUAUUAUAAUCAUCUCGAUAAAAAGCGGUCAUUUUGAGGAUCAGCUUUGAGGGACAAGGAAGCACAUCAUCAUGCCUCGUACAACUUUUGAUCGUUCAAACGUGCAAGGUGGCAAGGAUUGGGGAAGGGCCAAACAAAUACAAGAAGAAAACAUAGAUGUAGAUAUCGAGGCUAUUAUAAGGGAAAAUGAUUAUAAGGAUGUCGAAGACCUAGAAGAGCAGUUGCAAUCGUUUAAAGCAAAAUUUAUGUUAUACGAUCUCGAUGCCAACGGAGUACUCGAUGAAGUUGAUGUGUCGCAUAUGAUGGAGAAAUUAGGGCAGCCGAAGAACCAAAUCGAGAUCAGGAAGAUGAUCAAAGAAAUCGACCUCAACAAUAGUGGGAACAUCAACUUCACGGAGUUCGUUACAAUGAUGCUUGGCAAAAAGAAUAGCAUCAUGAGAGUGAUUCUAAUGUUUGAAGAAAAGAACAAGCCCAAGGAGAAACCAACAGGCCUACCUCCCAAGAAAUCCUUCGCUGAUCUUCCGUGAAACUCACCCCAAACCAACAAAAUAUGCAAUUGAUUUUGGUUAUAGUUUAUUUAAUAUUCUAAAUCGUUGGCUGUAUCGCUUCUGUACAAAUCUCGGGAUGUAUAUAGGGGCACGUUGAAUUUUGGAUACAGCGAAAUGGAAUUUUAUAUAUACUGUUUUUUAUGUUUAUUGUUCCGGUCAAAUGGCCAAAUUCUUACCCUAAAGCAGUGUGAAUGAGGUUACUUAUACCUUUUUUGAUAACGUACUAAAACCAAAUAAUCAACUCCUCUUGAAAUAUUUAGAAAACAGCUUUUAUAGCAAACAUUGCAUAGUUUAGUAAAUUGUUAUUUUAUUUACUGUAUAGUACUUAGUUAUAAUCUUAAUGGCAAUCCGCCGCAAUAAAUUUUUAUCACCAAUGCAUAUUUGUCAUUGAAUUUAUAAAAAGUCCCUAAAUUAUGAUAAAAUUAACUUUCGACAUUAAUUUCACAUCGAUUUGGUGAGACAAUUUUAUCAAUUAAUUAAUUUACCAUCUGAUCUACUUUCAUAUCACAGGGUCAGAAACGUCAAUUUUUUGUUUGUUUCAUAAUGAAGAUCAUCAGUUGAAUAUAUUUAUGAAGAUAGGUAUAAUAUAUGUAUAGAUGAUUCGUGCUUGAAUAGCUUGUUAAAUAGUCGCUUGUACGUACUGUAGUACAUGAUGCAUAUAUUUGCCUGAUUUAUGUGUACAAUUGGCAUUUACGAAUGAAGUAUUUUCGUUUUAACAUAGAGAAAGAAUGGGUCUAUUCGAUAAUGCCUUGGCUUUUAACAAACCGAAUAUUGAUAUGUUCUCAUUGGGUACGACGUGAAAAUUAGGCUCUUUUUUGACCGUAUAUUUCAUGGCGUUUGUGAUCUUAUUAAUAUUUUUUCGUCAUUUGAACUAAUUGAGGUUUACGUUUUUGAAGACUUUGAUGAUGAUGAAAUAAAGUUUUUAAAGAUGUAAUACAGUGGCUGCGGAACCGAUGGGAGUCGGGCCCCCACUUUUUUUCAGUAACCUUGUACCAAAAACCUGUAAAUGACCAUCAAAUUUGAGUUCACUCAUGUUCAG